AUGUUUGGGUUUGGCUAUGAUCUGUCAAGUGACAAAUACAAGGUUGUAGCAAUUGCAUUGACUAUGCUCUCACUUGACGUAUCUGAAAAGACUGAGAUGAAAGUUUAUGGCACGGGUGACAGUAGUUGGAGAAACCUUAAAGGUUUUCCUGUUCUUUGGACUUUACCUAAAGUUGGUGGAGUGUAUCGGAGUGGAACCCUUAAUUGGGUUGUUAUUAAGGGAAAAGAAACCAUUCAUUCUGAAAUCGUAAUUAUUUCUGUUGACCUGGAGAAGGAGACUUGCAGAUCACUGUUUCUUCCGGACGAUUUUUGCUUUUUUGAUACAAAUAUUGGAGUUUUUAGAGACUUGCUGUGCGUUUGGCAAGAUAACAACACCCAUCUUGGCUUAUGGCAGAUGAGGAAGUUUGGAGAUGACAAGUCUUGGAUUCAAUUAAUAAAUUUUAGUUAUUUACAUCUUAAUAUUCGUCCUUAUGAAGAAAAUUCGAUGACUUUACCAUUGUGCAUGUCUAACAAUGGAGACUUCUUCAUGCUGAAAUUCACUAGAAAUGCUGAUGAUGAAUACCAAACAAUUCUGUAUAACCAGAGGGAUGAUGAUAUUGAUUGCCCUUAUGCUCGAUCCUUGAUCAGCUUACAGGGAAUAGAAGAGAAGACUGCCAAGUUGAAAGGAAGUGAGAAGGCUCUAGUUGCACGGCAUGAAGCUAGUCAUGCUGUAGUAGGUACUGCAGUAGCAAACCUUCUUGCUGGACAGCCACAUGUUGAGUUCAUACAGGCUCUGGUUAUCAGACUCCUUAAUGACUUGUGA